CUACUACUGCUUAGCUGUUGGAUGUCAAACACUUUCAUUCUCCCGCUCCCCUUUUCAUAUUUUUUAUUUAUUAUAUCACAAUAAUAAUAAUCAUUACUGCUAUUUUACUUGUGUUGUGUUCAUUUCAUUUUUUGGGUUUAUCAUGUAAUGUAAUGUAUGAGUUGGUAUUUGCACGAUAUUGCAGCAGCCUUUUUCUCUUCUUUUAAUAUCUUUUAUCAGUGGAGAUUUUAUCAGAUUAUGCAAGAUUCACAGUGCAAUCUUUCUCAUCAUUACAUUUGAAUGGUUAUGGUGGAAGUGAGGGAAUUCAAUACAUUUAUGCCAUCAUCAUAGAGAGACUUUAGGCUUUAAUCCUCACAUCACAGAGCAUAAACAACUCUGCUCUUGGAUCAACACACUUCAACCUCAUUCAAAGGAUAGAGUUUCUCUUGAGAUUAUCAUCAGAUAUAUAUGAAUGCAAAGAUCUUGAAAGGCCAAAAGUAGAGAGUGUGGUAGAGGUACUACCAUGAGCGAUUUGAACGGUGAAAGAUCAAAGCCUCCAUGGAACAUAUAUCCAUCUUCAAACCCUGGUCCAUCACAGACAGGAGUUGAUGAGGAAGCUCCAUGGAAAAGCUUAGGGACAUCUAUGAGUGCUAUUUCUUUUGGCUUUGUUGCCACCGCCAUUUUGAUUUCAAUGUUUCUUAUAAUGGCCAUAUUUGAACAUUUGUUCAAACCCACCUCACAAUUCUCCACACCAGAAUCUAUGACGCGACGCUAUCAGGAGCACCCACCACUACCAACACCAAAACAGGGAAACCCACAAUCAGUUCCAGCAUGUUAUGGUUCUGAUUUCUCAGUGGUGAUGCCAGGGCAGCAAUAUCCUACCUACAUCGCUCAACCUGCUCCUCUCCCUUGUCAAAGGGAAGGGGCUUAUUGGCCUUCUCAUGAACAUCAUUUUCUAUUUAAUUAGUGCUUCUUCUUUUUUUUUAUCCUUCAAUAUGUUGCUAUCAAUGAUCAACUUUUCUUCUCUCUGUAUACAGAUACUCAGAGACCACCCACCUGUGUCAAUUUUAUACAUAAAUAUUGUAUUUAUAUGCCAAAAUGUUAAGCCAGCUUUUUCCUAGUUUGAUGUACUUCAACUUCAGCAACUAAAGUUGCACCAUAAAUGUUUCUUUUUUCUUUUUA